AUGUCCGGGCAACACAAUUACUCAGAUCCAUACGCGAGGGAUCAACAUUAUGGUCAUGCUCAAUCAACACCGUUCCAAGACAGCCGGUCCGCCGUUGGCCAGUCACCACAAGCUCCAUCUUUCCUCGCGCCAAACCAGAGCUCUGAGAAGAUUCUAGAUGGGGAUAGUUUCGGUGAACCUGUGCAACGCGCGCAUCCAGGUCGGCAGGGUCUACAGAGUACGACAAAAUCAUGGGCAGAAAUGGGCCCUCCGCCGCGCAGUACAGGUAUUCUUCGGAUGUGGAGGAAAGAUGAGCGUGGUCCACAGUGGUUCAGGGGGGGAGGAUUGAGGUCUGGUUUUCGCUUGUUCUUUUGUUGCUUGAUCAUCGCAUUGAUCACGAUCGUAAGCGUGGUGUUGGCGAUCGCUUUGUACGUCAGACCUCCAAAUGUGACCCUCGACAGCGUCACAUUAGGAUCUAACCCUGUAUCCUUGACGUCUACUGGGCUGAAUGUCACAUUCGAUUUGGGAAUCAGCGUCUCAAACCCUAACUGGUUCAAUGUCGACUUCAAGGAGAUCAAGGCGACAGCCAAGUACCCGGGCUACAGCUCGAUUCCCUUUGGAGGCGGCAUCCUCUACAAUGCCAAUUUCCGAGGAUACUCGGAUUCUACAUUUCAGUUUCCCUUGACAUUAAACUACACCACAGCUGCGGACCCCAACCGUGUGAUUCUCAAUGACCUUAUCAGCAAAUGUGGUGUUUCUGGAGGCGAAAAACAAGAUAUCACGAUUGACUAUGACCUGGACUUGAAGCUGCGGGUCGUUGGCAUUACCGUGGACCCAAGAAUCAGUAGUAGUGCCAGUUUUUUGUGUCCGAUCAGUGCGAGUGAUAUACAGAGUAUCAUCGGCAGCAGCAACUGA